AUGUCUAACAUAAAUAUCAUGAUGAGCAAAUCAAUUUAAAAAUUUAGAAAUCAUAAGCGAAUAGACAAUUAAAAAAAACAUUCUUUAAUCAAUUUAGUACUCUAAGAGAGUUUAUCAACAAGACAAGUAAUAAUUUAUUUAAUUCAAGGCAGCAUAGAAGCUGUAAAUAAAAUAUUCCACGGCUAAGUAUAUUGUGAAGAAUUUUAAAAAUAGAGGAAAUAAUUUAGAUGAGCACCAACAACCUCAAAGCAAAUAAAAAUCAAUGGUCUCGAAUGUAAGUAUUAUAAUAGAUAUCUCUGAUGGUAAUAUUGCUUUGGUAAGGAAUACUUAAAAAUAAUGUUAUUGUGAUUUACAUUCUCUUUAAGAGGAACUCAAAAAUAACAAUCUACUUUAAACUUCAGAGUUAAUUUUUUAGAAACUAGGGAAAAUUCCUUGGAAUAAAAUAAACAACAAAGACUGUCGUGACCCUGAAUAUUUAAAGGCCUAUCUAUUAAAAUAACAUCGAUUGAUGAAAAAUUCAUGA